UGUCAGCCGUCGCCCCGCCCGCCGCCGCCGCAGUGACAGCUCCGCCCGGGCCGAGCCGAACCGAGCGGGCGGGCCAUGGCCGACGACUUCGGCUUCUUCUCCUCGUCCGAGGGCGCCGGCACCGAGGAGGACCCGGCUGCCGCCUUCCUGGCCCAGCAGGAAAGCGAGAUCGCGGGCAUCGAGAACGACGAAGGCUUCGGGCCCACCGACGGCGACUCGGCCUCCGCCCCCGCAGGGCAGGCGGCCCCGCCGGAGCCGGCUGGUUUCCAGAAUGGAGGAGCCACUGUCAAUGGAGAUGUUUUUCAGGAGUCCAAUGGCCCCACAGAUGCCUAUGCAGCCAUAGCCAAGGCUGAUCGGCUGACCCAGGAACCUGAGAGCAUCCGCAAAUGGAGGGAGGAGCAGAAGAAGCGCCUGGAGGAGCUGGAUGCAGCAUCAAAAGUGACAGAGCAGGAAUGGCGUGAGAAGGCCAAAAAGGACCUGGAGGAGUGGAAUCUGCGUCAGAAUGAGCAGAUGGAGAAGAACCGAGCAAACAACAGGGCCUCGGAGGAAGCAUUCCUGAAGGAGUCCAAGGAGGAAACCCCAGGCUCAGAGUGGGAGAAGGUGGCCCAGCUCUGUGACUUCAACCCCAAGAGCAGCAAGCAAAGCAAGGAUGUCUCGCGGAUGCGCUCGGUGCUCAUCUCCCUCAAACAGACACCCCUGUCCCGCUAGCUGCCAUCUGGCAUAGCCAGGAGUGCAGCAGGACAAGGCCCUUCCCCUUGCCCUGCUGCUCACCAAGGCAGAUGGCUUCACGGGGUCAGCCCACACAAGGGGCCUAUGCCCUACCUGCCCUCUGGUCUCUGGUGUGCACCUUGGCUGUGCUCAAAUCAAUGGUUGUAACUCUCCCCAUGGUUUUCCUUUGCUUAAAAGGUGCAUCGGUCUCUUUUUACACUUAUUUAUUACUGUGGCAUUUCCCUGGGAAGCGACACUGGGUGGCAGAGCUGAGUUAGCAGAGGAGCCUCCAGCCAGAGUCACGCCCAGCUGUCUGGCAGGGUGAGAAGGAGAACGCCUCCCACUCGGUGUCCUCCAUCUCAUCCAGGGCUGCACUCAGAGCAAACUUGCCCACCUCCUGCCUGUGGCAUGACAGCCCUUUGUCUGGAAUUGGGUCCUAACCCUGGGGCAGAGAUACUGGGGGGACCUUAGUUCCUUUCUGCACUCCUGUGGGAGUUUUAGAGCAGAACUGGCUGUAGGGCUGGGAUUGAGGAACAGCCUAAACUCAUCUCCACAACACAAGGUCCCACAGGGAGCCUGACAGCAGCAUGAUGCCACAGGGCUGGUGGGGAUGGAGGGAUCUGAGUGUGGGCACUCAACCUGGUGAUGCAUUCCAAAAAGCUGGCAGUUGCAGUGUCAAUAUCCCGUCUGUCCUGUGGGGUUGCUCUUGGCAGACAGCUCUGUGGUGCGGGGUGCUGAAAAGAGGCCACAGGACAAGCAUGCAGGAAGCUUCUUGACCCUCCUACAAGGCCACUGGCUGGUGGGAAGAUGGAGUGCUCUGCUUUGGGGGCCCUUGGCUCUGUUCUGUGCCUUCCCCUACUUUGAGGGAGGCAGCUGGAGGCUGUGUGGCUGCAGGGAAGCAGGUAGCAAGGUCCAGCUGCUGUGGGACAAGUCAAACCUCCAGCUCCUUCACCCAGAAGCACAUAACAGGAUUAAGCAGAGGUUUGGUGCUAGGGCUUCUGCUGUCCCUGGAGAACAAAUCACACAUCUGUCUGCAGCUGGACAGCUGCUCUGUGGUUUCAGUUUGGCCCAUGUGCCACUGGAUUUGCACACCAAAGGCAGCAUGGCAAGAUGGAGGUCCUGCUCAUUGCCUCAUCAGGUGCACUUUCCAGUCCAAACACCUGCUUUCUCUCCUUGCUUGGCAGGACUGGCACCAGCCCCUCUGGCUUUGAGCCCCAGCCCUGGAAACCUGCAGAACUAGUUAGCUGAAGGGGUGUUGAUAAGGUCUGCUACACCUUGCAGCAGAGCAGCUUGCUGUGAGCUUGUGCCCUAGGACCAGCCUGUUGUGGACUGGGGAAGGGCCUGCAGCAACAGCCUGAGGGGACGUGGAGCAGAGUGCAUAAACCAUUUGUCAAAGCUUUGCUGCAGAGCCCUGCUCCACCAGUAAAUUCAGUACAUAGUAAUCUUUUGCAGUGACAGCUCCACAAAUCAAGGUUGUCUGCCCUCUUGCUGCAGUCCUGGAGGGAUGACCUGGCACCCGUAACCAUGGCUCAUAGGCACCUGACAGGCCUGGAGAAUGCUGUCAUCUUUGGUAGUGGUCUGGAAAAAGGAAUGGGUGUGUAGGAAUAACUGUGUUUUGUGCUGGGAUUGUGCCCCUUAUCUGUAUGGCUGAUCACUCCUCCUCUGUGUCCCUGCACCACAGCACAUGUAGGCAUCUCUGCUGUGGUGCAGGAUGGACCCAGGGAUCUGGCUGCCUGCAUCUGCCUUUCUUUGCAGAGCAGCUGGAAGAGCCUCUGGCUGCGCUCUGGGCCUGUAGUCCUAGCAAGUAGCCAGGCUGCAGUCCCCUGGCUGCCGUGCACCCUGUGUUGGGCAGGGCAUCUUGGGGAGCAGUGCCCACUGCUGUUCUACAUCCCUUUGGCUUUGGUAUAUGUGACUGUUCAAAUCACCUGUUACAAUAAACCGACAUCUCCAAACUGA